AGGCCCCACUUUCCACACAUGCGCAGUAGCUUAAUAUCCUACCAGGUAGAAAUGGCGUUGACUUUGGGGAGGCUGCGAUAUUUGCAGUUGUUCUGCAAGCAAAGACCAGCAGCUUGUGAUGUGUUUUCUCGUAAUUUUCACUUCACGGAAUAUGGAAAGAAGAAUGUGUCUGCCAAAGUAUCUGAUUCAAUUUCAACACAGUAUCCUGUAGUGGACCAUGAAUUUGAUGCAGUUGUAGUGGGUGCAGGUGGUGCAGGUUUGAGAGCUGCCUUUGGCUUGUCUGAGGCUGGUUUUAAUACAGCAUGUGUUUCCAAAUUAUUCCCAACCAGAUCUCAUACUGUUGCUGCACAAGGAGGAAUCAAUGCUGCUUUGGGGAACAUGGAAGAUGAUAACUGGCGAUGGCAUUUCUAUGAUACUGUGAAAGGCUCUGACUGGCUAGGAGAUCAGGAUGCAAUUCAUUAUAUGACAGAGCAGGCCCCUGCUUCAGUUAUUGAGCUAGAGAAUUAUGGUAUGCCAUUUAGCAGGACAGAAGAUGGAAAGAUCUAUCAACGUGCUUUUGGAGGUCAGAGCCUUAAAUUUGGGAAAGGAGGACAGGCUCACCGUUGCUGUUGUGUAGCUGAUAGGACAGGUCACUCUCUGUUACACACACUGUAUGGCCGGUCACUCAGAUAUGAUACCAGUUACUUUGUGGAAUAUUUUGCUCUUGAUCUCCUAAUGGAAAAUGGAGAAUGUUGUGGUAUUAUUGCACUAUGCAUCGAAGAUGGCACAAUACAUCGUUUUAGAGCAAAGAAUACAGUUAUUGCCACUGGAGGAUAUGGGCGCACAUAUUUUAGCUGUACUUCGGCUCACACUUGUACGGGUGAUGGCACAGCAAUGGUUACCCGGGCAGGCCUACCUUGCCAGGAUUUGGAAUUUGUACAGUUCCAUCCCACAGGUAUUUAUGGAGCUGGCUGUCUUAUUACAGAAGGCUGUCGUGGUGAAGGAGGUAUUUUAAUUAACAGUGAAGGAGAAAGAUUUAUGGAGAGAUAUGCUCCAGUUGCCAAAGAUCUAGCUUCCCGAGAUGUUGUAUCUCGUUCUAUGACUAUUGAGAUCCGUGAAGGAAGAGGUUGUGGUCCUGACAAAGAUCACGUGCACUUGCAAUUGCACCAUUUGCCACCACAGCAGCUAGCAAUGCGUCUUCCUGGAAUUUCAGAAACUGCUAUGAUAUUUGCUGGUGUUGAUGUUACAAAAGAACCUAUUCCUGUCCUACCUACUGUACAUUACAAUAUGGGAGGUAUCCCUACAAACUACAAAGGACAGGUAAUCACACGUGGAAAUGGCAAAGAUCAAAUAGUACCUGGUUUAUAUGCUUGUGGUGAAGCAGCUUCUGCCUCUGUUCAUGGUGCUAAUCGACUUGGUGCAAACUCACUUUUGGACUUGGUAGUCUUUGGUCGUGCCUGUGCUCUUACCAUUGCAGAAUUAUGCAAACCUGGGGAAUCAGCUCCAUCAAUUAAAUCAAAUGCAGGUGAAGAAUCUGUUGCAAAUCUUGACAAAUUGCGUUUCGCCAAUGGAAAUGUAAGAACAUCAGAACUGAGGCUUAAUAUGCAAAAAACAAUGCAAAGCCAUGCUGCUGUUUUCCGUACAGGCCCUGUCUUACAAGAAGGCUGUGAAAAAAUGUCCACACUUUAUAAAGAUUUGGAUGAUCUGAAAACAUUUGAUAGAGGUGUUGUUUGGAAUACUGACUUGGUAGAGACUUUGGAACUUCAGAAUCUCAUGCUGUGUGCUUUACAAACUAUUUAUGGAGCAGAAGCUCGAAAAGAGUCACGUGGAGCUCAUGCUAGGGAGGACUAUAAGGUUAGGAUAGAUGAAUAUGAUUAUUCUAAACCACUUCCAGGACAGCAGAAGAAACCAUUUGAGCAGCAUUGGAGAAAACACACACUCUCUAAUGUGGAUGUGAAGACCGGGAAGGUUUCAUUGGAUUAUAGACCUGUAAUAGAUCACACCCUGAAUGAAGAAGAUUGUGCUACAGUUCCACCAGCCAUUCGGUCCUAUUAGUUAUUUUGAUUUGAAUUUUUGCUUUUAAUGCAUAUGCAAACAUACCAGGCAAACAUUAGCCAUUGUAGUAGAUAAAAAUAGCAUGUUAAUUUAAACCAUUCAAAAUCCAAAAUCUGCUCUAAUUUUUAUGCUUGAUGUAUGAGAAAACUGAGUUUUGAGACAUGAGCUAUAUAUUGCAAUAUCAAAA